GGAGUUUGUUAUUUAGGAAUUGUAUUGGCAAAAUGGCCUCCCAGGUUUGUCAAAACUAUCACCAGGAUUGUGAAGCUGCUGUUAACAAACAGAUUAAUAUCGAGCUGACUGCCUCCUAUCUCUAUCAGUCUUUGAUGUCGUACUUUGACCGGGAUGAUGUUGCCCUGCACCAUUUCUCCCAGUUCUUCAAAGCUCAGUCCCAGGAGAAGCAGGAACAUGCAGAGAAGCUGCUGAAAUUCCAGAAUCAGCGUGGAGGCAGAGUCCUCCUCCAGGAUGUGAAGCUGUGUGACUUCCUGGAGACUCACUAUUUGGAUGAGGAGGUUGAGAUCAUCAAGCGACUUGGGGACUACAUCACCAACCUGAAGCGUCUGGGAGCUCCUGAGAAUGGGCUGGGAGAGUACCUGUUUGACCGGCUCUCGCUGGAGGACAGCA